AUGGGCUUCUCUCGGCCUUCUCACGCGAAGAACGCUUGUGUGCUCGCCGGGGUGUCUUCGUCUUCGUCUUCGAGAACACUGACGAGAUCAUCAUCGAGUACUACCAACAUAGGACUCACGCGAACGGAAAGACGGCAGAACACGACGAGGGCGAUGUCCUCUUCGCACGCUUCUUCGUCGUCGUCGUCUGAAUCGUUUCGUUUCCUACCUGCACGACGUACCCAGAUUGGGGGAGUGUGCGUGAGUCAUCAUCAUCAUCGUCUGCGUCGUUUCCGGUUUGUUUUAGGCGCGGAAGACUUUGUCGACGACGGGAGAAAAGGAAGGAACGCAUCGUUGGAUUUGAGAGCAACGCGUUGCCAUCUCCUGGGAACGUUUAGGACGCGCGCGAUACGCGAUUCCUCCUCUUCCGGUGGUGGUAGUACAGAAGAAGGAGAUGAGAAGAAGAGAAAAACGAGUGAAAAUAGCAACGACGAAAGUCCACGAGGAGGAAGAAGAAAACCGUACGCAGAGGAAAAGAAGGAGGUCAGCGCGAGAAGGUACGUGCAGCGACGAGUAGAAUCGAGCGGGGCGUACGGGGAUAUUUCGAACGAGCGAUUGCCGCGGAAAAUUUCGCCAUCAUCGUCGUCGUCGUCGUCCACUCGGCAGAAAAGCUCGAGUCAACCACCGCCGAAUAAAAAAAUCGCGGACACUCGUGACGAAAUAAAGGAGAAAAGAAGAAAAACUGGCAGACUGAAUAACAAAAAAGAAACGAGAAAAUCUAUAAUAGAUAAAAACGAAAAGCUAAAACUGAAACCAAACGUGAAAGCGUUGCUGAAUUUCAUCAACGGUAACGUUCACAAAUUUAGCGUGGUGAACUGCGCGACGGCUGCUCACAAAUGUGGGACUUUUGUUCGCGAUAGCAAAUAUCUUCGAAAAUCUAGCGACAAAAAACCGAUUUCGUUAACAGAAGUAAAUCCAAACUCGAGAAGUUUAGUGGAGAAAGGUGGCGACGAAGGCGAGGACGAGUUUGCAACGAACGAAACCCUCAUCCGCACGUGCCAGAACAUUUUGGCGAACAAACACUUUCAAAAGUUGAUUCGGCGUAUUGAAGAGUUGCUACCGAGAUCGAACGAUCCAAACGACUUGAGAGAACUUGCACUCGAGUACGGAACGCCUUCGAGCCGCGAAUACUCGAAUCUACUUUGGGGGCUAGCGCACUGCGGCGUGCAAACUCGGUUGCAGGCAAACGAAUUUACCACACUUUUGUUGCGACAGUACAUAAACUGCGCAAAAGAGAACAAUUACGCGAAAUUUGCCGCACAAAACGUUUCGAACGUGCUUUGGGCAUUCACGAUCAUGAGCCCUUCGGGUAAAUACGAAGAUGCUGUCGACGAUGAAAAGGUGCUUUAUUUUGAACGCGAUGAUCAUAACGUGGAAGACUUGUUUUCGGGUAUUCCUCCGGAGCAAGUUCCGCAGAGUAUCAGAGCUGAGUUUUUGGAUGCCAUCGAAAGAUUGAACUUGAACGUCAUGGAAGGCUACGUUCCCCAAGGUGUCGCCAACUGUCUGUGGUCGUACGGCACACUUGGUUAUAAGCUUCGGCCGGAAACUGAAGCAGCGUUUAGAAAAGGUAUAGCGAUGCAUUUAGGGCAACCUCGCACGACUUCAGCGUAUGGUUUUGGUGCUGGAAACUUUAAGACGCAAGAAACUUCCAAUAUUUUGUGGGCGUGUGCGCAACUCAGAUUUGACAUGGGAAAAGAUCUUGCGAGCAUGUUCCUUCACAGCAUGACAGAGAACCUAUUCAACGAUCCAAGAGUGUGGUCGGUUCAGUCGCUCACGAAUAUACUCUGGGCUCUCGCAACGUUAAGAGAGCAAGGCCUCGGUGAAGUUUACACACUACCGCACGGUUUACUCAAGCGAAUCGAAGAUAUGAUCGAACCAAAAAUUGAGACGAUGUUUAUUCAAGGCAUUUCAAAUACUCUUUGGGCCUACGCUUGCUUGGAAUACGAACCAGACCACGAGUUUUUACGACGAAUGACUAGCAGAUGGGACGAUGAUUUACAUAACCGCUCGACGGUGGAAAAUUGCAACGCAUUCUGGGCGUACACAAAGUUUAGAAAUUUUCGACCGAGUCAGAAAUUUGUGGAUUAUCUCGCGGGACUACAAACGCGAUGUACUAUGGUAAAAGAAAAGUGGAACGCAGACGAUACAUCCGAGUCCACGAAAUUCAAAAAUGAAUACACAGAGGAUACGCUUACGAUCAUGGUAUUCGUGAAUACAUUCUACGGAAUGGCGGAAAUUGGUGCCUAUCCGAACGACAAAGGAAGGUACUUCGAACACGUGUUGAGCGAAAUGACCGAAUGGCUUAAAGUGACGUACGAUCCACACCAGAAGAAUAAAAAUUGCACGCAACCAAUUGUCAAUUACAUGCGAAGCUUGGCGCUCUUAACGUAUUUACCAAACGAUGAUUUCGUGGAAAUAAUGAGUAAAAGAGCAAAAAUGGAAGCCGAAAAUGACCAAUUUACAGUCCAGGGGAUCUCGCAAAUGUUAUGGUCGUGGUCGAUUUUAGGUUUAAAUAUUCCGCAAGACGUGGUGUAUGCACUCAUGCAAGCGAUGAUACGGCAGAUGGAUCAAGCCACCACCCAAUCGUUAACGACUUGUAUUUGGGCAGUUGCAAAUAUGGGAUUUAUCGAGGAAAAAGAUAUCUUUGAUGUGUUUCGUAAAAAGAUAGCGACGAUUGACAUUGAACAGUUUAACAAAUAUUCCGAUAAGGAUCAUCCUUAUCGUUUCGUGACGGGAGGAGGGAGCAAGGGGGAAAUGUCCUUAAAUCAAAUUUAUCAGGCUCAUUUUGCGUACGAGAUCCUUUCCCCGUUCGGGAAAUUAAUAUACCCGGAGUUGGAAAGCGAGGCGAAGAAGAGUUGGAUGGAAGUCACGAGAACGUGCGUGACGAUUUCUGGGUUUCAUCAAGAAGUCUCUUCGACACUGUCGGAAAUGGGUGUCCCUCACGAGCUCGAAUUCCUCACCGAAGGUGGCUUGUAUUCGUUAGAUAUUGCGUUGAAAGGUCGUAAAAUUUGUAUCGAAGCCGAUGGGCCGACCCAUUACUCGAUAAACCGUCCAACUGUUCGGAUCGGUGGCGAUAACUUGAGAGAGGCUAUCUUGACAAAGCAAGGAUGGACGGUCAUUCAAAUACCGUGGUUCACUUGGCAGGCGGCACCAGAAAGAGACAGACGCGAGUACAUAGCGAAUCUUCUCUACGAGCACGCUGGUUUAACCAUGAAGCAGUUGACUGCUGGAGCGCGAGAACAAGCGUCUCUGAGAGAUUUGGGAGCGGACGUUUUCAUGUCGGAACUCAACACCCCUGACACAAAGCCGUCGUCAACUACGUUCAGCCCGUAUGGUAUGGAUUUCGAGAAACCUUCUUCUUCUUCUUCUUCUUCUCCUUCUUCUUCUUCUCCUUCAUCUUUCUCGCGUUCUUUGGCGUCUUCGGCUCCGGAACGGAAGAAAAGUGAUCCAACAGGCGCGCUUCGUGCGACGACGAGUGGUCGUAUCAAGAAACCGUCUACUUCUUCCUCCUCCCCCUCCUCUUCCUCCUCCUCCUCUCGAGUGAUACAACCAGUCGCUCCAGGUACUCGCCGAGUGUCUGCAAAGUCCCCUCGAAGAGUCGCAUCAUCAGUGACAAAGAAUGCGUCAUCCCUUUCCGAUGCAGAAUCUAAACGCUUAGCCGAAAAGUUGGGCUCUCGAAAAGUCGAAGCGCCAACCGACGAGGGCGGUUCUCCCAAGGCUCGAAAAGUCGUCAAGCGCGUAAAAAGAGUCGUUCCGUCCAAGGAGAACGACGCAGUAGCAGCAGCAGACGCGACGAAGAUGAAAAAGAUGAAAAAGAGCGAAGCGAUCGAGGAGGAAGAGAAAGAGUAA